AUGCCCAUGAGGAAGGAAGGGAUAACGAAGAAACUUUAUGAGUUGGCAACUCUCUGCGACAUCAAAGCAUGUGCGGGUAAGAUAAGUGAGCAUCAGUAUGGUGCAAGGGACCUUCAAGAUUUAAGUUUUCAUAUUGAUCACUAUAUCAAUCAGCUUAAUUCCAGGGUCAAGAUCCUUACAAACAAUGGUGAGUCUUCUUCUUCCGUUCCUCCUCUACUUCAUACUUCAGUUGCGGGUGCGGGUGCAGCUCCUCUUCCUGUUGCGGGUGCCGAUCUUCCGAUGGAUCAGAAUCAGUAUGAGCCGAUUCAGCUCUAUAUCCCUAUUGGUCUUAGUUAUCAUAUUCAAUACCAACAUGAAAUCUAUGAUAAUUUCAAGCAUGCGCACAUCCUUUUCAUGAACGGAAACUACUACAACUACCACCAAACACCAACCGUUGGUCUUACUACCACCGGUCACAUGCCUUCCAACAACAACACCACCCCCACCACCGAUGUGUGA